CGCAGACCACCCCUCUCCUCCUCCUCCUCCACCACCUCCUCCAUCUCUGCAGCACAACACGGAGCUCCAGCAGCAGCAGCAGCAGGACGAGGAGGACACGGAGGAGGAACAAUAACCGGAGAGGAGAGAAGAGGAGUCAGUCCAGUCCGUCCGUCCGUCCUCCUCUCGGGGUUUAUUUCUCUGGUUCCGCGGGAAGAACCGAGCUGGUGUAAGCAGCUCCGCGGAGGAGGCAGGGAGGGAGACGGGCAGGGGGAAGAUGUCCUCCCCGCAGGUCUCCUCGUCCCGCAGACAGUCGUGCUAUCUGUGCGACCUGCCCCGCAUGCCCUGGGCCAUGAUCUGGGACUUCACCGAGCCCGUGUGCCGGGGUUGCGUCAACUACGAGGGCGCGGACCGCAUCGAAUUCGUCAUCGAGACAGCCCGGCACCUGAAGCGGGCACACGGUUUCCAGGAGGGCAGAUCCCCCGCCGGCGGACCGCCUCCUCCGCCGCCGCAGCAGCCCGCCGUGGCGAAGAGCCAGGCGGUGUUACUGACCGGGAAGGAGUCGGUGGGGCAGCUCAACCACCACCACCACCAGGCGGACGGACCGGGCAAGUCUCAGCAGCCUGGUUUGGACCGGUACUCGCUUGGUGCGGACAGCCGGGCUCGGUUUGAGUACAGCGGACACAGCAGCAGCAGCGGCGGCGGCGGCGGCGGCAGGCUGCCCAACGGGAUCGGAGGACCGAAUGGAUUCAAACCGGACGACGGACCGCCCGAGCUGAACCGACAGAGUCCGAACUCGAGGAGCAGGAGCCACGGGGGCCUGGUGUCGGCACCGGGACAGAUGACCGUCCCACCGAACCUGCUGCCUCAGACCCUCCUAAACGGACCGGCCCCGCACGGCAUGGCGAGCAGAGCCGCCCCGCCGGGCACGAUGGUCGGCGUCUCUCUGCCCGGACAGGUGGGGCUCUCUGACCCGGGAGGGAAGCGACCCGCCUCGGUGUCCAGCACGGACCAGGAGCGGGAACUGAAGGAGAAGCAGCGGAACGCGGAGGCUCUGGCCGAGCUGAGUGAGACCCUCCGGAACCGGCAGGAGGAUUGGGCGAGCAAGCCGAAGACGGUGCGGGACACGCUGGUCGCGCUGUCCGGCUGCACCCCGUUCGACGUGCGCUUCAAGAAAGACCACGGGCUGGUCGGCAGGGUGUUCGCCUUCGACGCCGUGUCCAAACCCGGCAUGGACUACGAGCUCAAGAUCUUCAUCGAGUACCCGAGCGGCUCCGGGAACGUGUUCUCCAGCGCCUCGGGGGUGGCCAAGCAGAUGUACCAGGACUGUAUGAAGGACUUCGGCAGGGGGUUGUCCUCCGGGUUCAAAUAUCUGGAGUACGAGAAGAAGCACGGCUCCGGGGACUGGCGGCUGCUCGGGGAUUUAUUACCGGAGUCCCUGCGGUUUUUUAAGGAGGGUUUGGGGGGAGACAUGCUGCCGCAGCCCUUCAUCGACGGCAGCUACCCGCUCCUGCCCACCUCCUUGGUGCUUCCCGGCCGAGCUCUGGCUUCGGGCAGCGGGAACAGCGGCUCCAGGGCCGGGGUUCGGAAGAGGAAAGCCUCGCCGGAGCCGGACUCAGCGGAGGGCGGCCUGAAGCUGACGGAGGAGCAGCAGAGGCAGCAGUGGAUCAACAGCCAGACCGAAGCUCUCAAGCUCUCCAUGGCUGCGGGCUCCUUCGCCGGGCCCCCCCCUCCGCUCGGCGCGGGGCACCCCGGCCUCCCCUCCGGCCGCGCCACACCCCCGGAGUCCGCCGCUCCUCCGCAGAACGGACAGUCCCCGAUGGCCGCGCUCAUGUCAGUCGCGGACACGCUCGGGAACGCGCACUCCCCCAACAAGGACAGAGACUCGGUUCACUCCACCACCUCCUCCUCCAGACACAACAGCAGCAGCCCGGUGUCCCCCGCCUCCGUCUCCGGGCAGAGGCGCCUCUCGUCCCGCAACGGAGACCUAGGGCUGUCCGCGCCCUCACAGUCCGCAGGUGGCAUGGAACCGGUGCACGCGCAGAACGUGCCCGACUCCCCCAUGGCCAACAGCGGGCCUCUGUGCUGCACGAUCUGCCACGAACGCUUAGAGGACACGCAUUUCGUUCAGUGUCCCUCUGUCCCCAACCACAAGUUCUGCUUCCCCUGCUCCAGAGAGAGCAUCAAGGCCCAGGGAGCCUCCGGGGAGGUGUACUGCCCCAGCGGGGAGAAGUGCCCCCUGGUCGGCUCCAACGUGCCCUGGGCCUUCAUGCAGGGGGAGAUAGCCACCAUCCUGGCCGGAGACGUGAAGGUAAAGAAGGAGAGGGACCCCUGAGGAGGAUGAAGAAGAGACCUCUCUGCUUUCACUUCAAAAAACACAUUAAUGUGAACCACACAGUCAGUCUGCUGCUGAGCCUCAAAACCUUGCUUCUCUUUGUCUGUCAGGGGAGUGAAAUUAUUGAUCCGAAUACAAAUCGAGGUGUUUUUCGUUUUGUUUUGUUUUUUUCCCCAAACAUUUCUUCAGCCAAAAAUGUCUGGAUGCUGGUGGAAGGAUUUUGAUCAGUCGUAGAAAGAAGUGAAACAGGGCUGCUGAUUAUUAGAGAACAGAAUCCUUAAAAACAAUUCAUUUUAAGAUGACUAUUGACGAGGUAAGUAAAUUAAAUAGGUGAAAAACUCAGCUUCUCAGUAGAACGGUGUUUCAGUGCUGUGAUAGGAGCCUAGCUCUGGGCUUUUAUUCCAGUAAUCUGAUGCAGUUUAAAAUAUUCCUUUUCAUGAAUGAAUGACACGUUUUUGAGCUGACCUGACUGUUAGUUGCGUACAAACACCUUUGAGGUAUUGAUUUUGCAGCAAUAAAAAAUUUUACAUUCUUUUUUUUUUUGGAUUAAUCAAUUAAUCCUUUAGUCUGUAUCAUAAAAAUAG